GGUCGUUCUUUUUUCCCAAAUGAAAAAAAUAUAUAGUUGUAUGCUCUUCUCUGGUUCUCUAUCACUAUCAAAAGCACUCAUCAUUUCUAAACGAUCAACACAAUAUUUAAAUUAAACGAAACGAGAAAAAAACAAUUAAAAUUUCUUCCGCAAAACUCAAGUGUGUUUAGUUGACUUUUGUCGAAGAUCAUCGCCAAGGGAUCAAAUCAACGUGUGAUAUUCAUCGAUAGUGUUGGAUCGAAGAAAAACAAAAAUAGUGUCGAAAAUAAAUCGAGGAACAAUUGCUCGUACAAAAGUGACAAACAAAUUUCAAUUUGUUGAAUUGUGAUCGAAAAGAAAAUUUACCUAAACUUAAAUUCGGUUUGCGAUUGACUAAAACAGCGAACGAUCCUAGUGAUGAAUUGUGAGUAGACAAUAAGAACGAACAAGAAUUAAACUAAAACUUCGAUCAUUUGCCGGCCGAGAAAGUUUUCCAUCGAAUCAAGCGAGAAAAAAAAACGUUAUAACGGGAACGAUCAGCGACGGAAGAUAGACCGACCCGGCUGUUUAUUACGGACUCAGCGAAUAUCACCGGCAUCGAAAUUAUCAAAAACAAUCAUUGGAUCAUCCAAACCAACGAAUCAAAAUCAGUGAUUUCUGAAAUGGCUCAUUUGUCACCACCGCCAUCACCGCCGAGCACAUUGCCAUCGGUUGCAUCGAAACUUUUGAAUUAUCCAAAUAUUAUGAACGGACUAGAUAAAUUAAACUUUCCAUUGGCUCAGGCGUCAGCACUUCGAGCCAAUCUCAACACAGCGCUACAGAAUAAACUCAGCCAAGAUUUCUCACUGCUGUACAAUCCGCUGAUUUAUCCAAACUCAUUAUUUUGGCCGCCAACAUUUUUUCUGCCAUAUCAAAAUGCAGCAGCUGCAGUUGCAGUUGCCGGUUUGACAGCAUCGCCCGAAUCACCAAAUUUAAGUAAUCAUCGAUACACACUGACACCAGAAAAAGACGAAGCAGCCGAAAUCGAUGAAGAUGAGCCAUUGAAUUUGUCGAUAAAAUCGAAUCGUUCGAAUUCAAAUGCAAUAAUCUGGUCGCCGGCUAGUAUUUGUGAGAAGGAAUCGGCGGCAGAGGGUCUACCAAUCAAAGUGGAAUUAGAUCAAAUCAAAUCGGAACAUUUACAUCAGCAAAUCAUAGCCAAUUCAUCAUCGUCAUCGUCAUCAACAUCGUCCGUGUCAUCGAUGCGCACAUCACAACCAUUGCCAAUACAGGAAUUUUUUGAAAAAGCCCACGCCACUGGCAUUUCCGCUGAUUUCCUGCAAAAAUUGCAACGACGAACCAAUGAAACGAACGGUGGUGGCGGUGGUGGCGGUACAUUCCCAUCGUCGCUGACACAAGCAGCAGCUGCUGCAGCCGCUGCUGCGGCUGCUGUACAAGCCGCAACAAAUACCACCGAAUUUCUGUCACAUCUUCACAAACAGGCCGAAUUCGAUUUGAUCGCCAAAAAUCAUCUAGAUCUCUACACCGAAAAUUUGCUCAAUUCCAACAACGAGAAUCUACGGAACAACAACGAAAAGCUACGAAAUGCCAAUUUACACAAUUACAACAAUAACAACAAUGAUGCCACGCAUAACGAUGCCAAUAAACUCAAUCACACGCAUAUCAAACAUACAACAAUGAACAGAAGCGACGGACCAAAGAAUUCACGCAGCAUCGAAGGCAAUCGGAUGCAAAAACUAUUUCAGUGCAAACAAUGCAACAAAACAUUCAAACGAUCAAGUACACUGUCUACACAUUUGCUGAUCCACAGCGAUACGCGGCCGUUCCCGUGCGAAUUUUGCGGCAAAAGAUUCCAUCAAAAGUCCGACAUGAAGAAACACACCUACAUUCACACCGGUGAAAAGCCACAUAAGUGUGUUGUGUGUCUGAAGUCGUUUAGCCAAAGCUCGAAUCUAAUCACUCACAUGCGCAAGCAUUCAGGAUACAAGCCGUUCAAGUGUGGAAUGUGCGAUCGUGCCUUCCAACGUAAGGUCGAUUUGCGUCGGCACCGUGAAUGUCAGCACAAGCAAAGCACCGACUCAGCACCCGCGUCACCCAUCCAUGAGCUAGCCAACACCUAUUUACCCAAUUUGACCGACAUGGAAGUGACAAGCAGCUGUUUAUAAUCAAAGUAAAAUCGCGAAUCGGCCACAUCGACCGUCGUCUUCUAUCAACACCACCGCAACAACAAACAACGCCUGAAAUGAUACCAUUUUCAGACAAAUGAUUUUAUCAAACGCAGCACACUCUUUCGGAGAGACUCAGACAGCGCUUCUGCGUAGGGACGGUUCAACGAAGGGAAAAUAUACGAAAAAAAAGAAGACAAAAAACACACUUGUGUUAAUUAGGACAUAGAGGAGAAGAGAAAAAGAAAUUAGGCAAGCCAAGAUAAAGAAAAAAAUCAAGGCUCAAAUACCAAAUUAGACAUCGUUCUGAAACAUAUUUAUUUUGAUUAGUAGAACUUAAACAACACUUAAGCCAUUGGCAAAAGGUAAAUCAAUUUAGCAUUAAGUAUGAUGAUAAAUGCGCUCAAAACCAACGUUUCUUUUCGACAGAUUUUUUUUUGCCGAAUCAAUGAUCAAACCAAAAAAAACAUAUUGAAAAAUUAGAUAAAUUAAUGUUGUUCAAUUUGUACGGUCAAAGAUGUUUUGUUUUAGAUAAAUUGAAAAAAAAAAUAUUCAGAAAAAAAUGAGAGACAAAAAAAAGAUUUAAAAAAAGGUGUACCAACAAAAAUGCAAGCAGAGUUCUAGACAGUUCUUGGUUAUUUGUAAGAUGUUGUUCGCUUCGAAUGUGAAUUUAUUUUGUAGCAUGAAUUUCCGUCCAUUAAACACUUGACAAAACAAAUAAUGUAAUGUGAAUUUAUUCAUCCCCGAUAAUUGCUUGUUUUUUUUUCUAUGAAUGGAUUUUUAUUUAUUUCACUCGGAAAUGCGGCUGAUUAUUCGGAUAAUAAACAAUCCAAUAUUUUGUACGAGAGACAUUCUUUUAUGAUGAAAAUGUUUAUCGUUAUCGCAAAAAAAAAAACACGAAAUAAAGAUAAUGUGAUUUAAAUUUUAAACAGAAAAAAUGAAACAGAAGCAAACAAAUAAUACACAAAGAAUUGCAUCAUAUCAGUCAUGAGGUGGUCCAUGACGGAUCAACAAACAAUUUCGAUUAAUUUUUUUUUUCGUUUUCGAUGGAUAAGACGAAGUAACAGCGAAAUUUUCGAUCAAUUAUUUGCAUAUCCCUUUGGAUUUGAAAUCGAAAUUUUCGAUUCGGUUGGCAAUAGGAAGAAACAAGCGCAUCCAAUAGG